AUGAGUGAAGAACCAAAAGCACCUGAAUCCAUUGCCAUCACCACACCACAAGAGGCUGUUGUUGAAGAUAAACCAGUCCAAAAAGAAGAACAAGUUGUAAAUAAAGAUGUGGAAGCUGAUGACCAACCUGGUGAAAAGACUUACAAACGAGGUCAGCGUGCUAAGUGGACUAAAGCCAGAAAAGCAGACACCGAUGGCCGUGAAUCCAAGAGACAGAAAAACAACAAAGAAGCACAAUGGCAACCAAGAGAACCAAGAGAAGCUUUAUUAGAUGAAAAUGGGAACCCAAUUCCAAGACAACCAAAGAAAAAAGUUGCUAUGAUGAUUGGUUAUUGUGGUACUGGAUAUCAUGGUAUGCAAGUUAAUCCUCCUCAUAAAACUAUUGAAGGUGACCUUUUCGAUGCUAUGAUCAAAGCUGGUGCAAUUUCUAAAUAUAAUACUGACGAUCCUAGAAAAGUUAGUUUCAUGAGAGCUGCAAGAACUGAUAAAGGUGUUCAUGCUGCUGGUAACUUGAUUAGUUUGAAAUUGAUCUUAGAAGAUGGAGAUAUCAUGAAGAAAAUCAAUGAUAACUUGCCAGAAACUAUUAGAGUUUGGGGGAUUGAAAGAACAAAUAAGAAUUUUGAUUGUAGAAAGAUGUGUGGUUCAAGAGUUUAUGAAUAUUUAAUCCCAACAUACUCAUUCAUCGGUCCAAAACCGGCCUCUGCUUUAGGAUUAAAGAUCAAGGAACAAUCUGAAUUACAUCCAGGUGUCACUAGAGAAGAUGAAGAAUCUGUUAAGUUUUGGGAAACUUUUGAAGCUAAAGUUAAAGAAGCUGGUUUCACUGAGGAAGAAGUUCAAAAAAUUAAAGAAUUCAAACCAGUUCCAAGAGAUGAAUUUGAUGAAAAUGAUCCAAUGAUUCAACUUAUAAGAAAAUAUAAAGCCGUGGAGAAUGAUUUAAAGAGAUCUUUUAGACUUUCUGAAUCUAAAUUGAACUUGAUGAGAGAUGCCAUGAAUGUUUAUCUUGGUUUCCAUAAUUUCCAUAAUUUCACAUUAGGAAAAGAGUUUAAAGAUGCCAGUGCUGGUAGAUUCAUGAAAAACAUCUCAGUUAGUGACCCAUUUGUCAUUGAUAGUACUGAAUGGUGUUCAAUCAAGAUUCAUGGUCAAUCUUUUAUGUUGCAUCAAAUUAGAAAAAUGAUUGCAAUGGCCACAUUAGUUGUUAGAACAGGCUGUCCAUUAGAUAGAAUCAAUGAAGCUUUCAAUGCCGAAAAAGUCAAUAUUCCAAAAGUUCCAGCUUUAGGUUUGUUAUUGGAACAACCAGUUUAUGAAGGUUACAAUAAAAGGCUACAAGAUUUUGGUUAUAAGGAAAUCAAUUUCCAAAACUACGCUGAAGAAAUGGAUGCAUUCAAAAAGAAGCAUAUCUAUGAUAAGAUCUAUGCAGAAGAAGUUAAAGAAAAUACUUUUAAUGCUUUUUUCAACUUUAUUGAUACAUUUAAUGGAGAUUCAAUUUUUGAUUUCUUGACUGCUAAAGGGAUUACUAAAUUGGAAAAAGACCAACUCAGUGAAGUUCAAAUUCCAAACCAAAAGGAAGAACCAUCUGUCGAAGAAUAG